AUGUCGCGGACGCCACCUCCCGCGGGCGCGGAGGACGCGAUGUUCGACGAGCUCUCGAGGCAGGAGGAGGCGCUCGAGGCGGAGCUAGGAGGAGGACGAGGACUCAGCGGGUCGUUCAUCAGCACUCCUCCAAGGGAUAAUCGUCGCCCCGACGACGACGACGACGACGACGACGAGCGGUUCGACGAGUGCGUCCCCGAGCGCGAGCUGCGUUCCGUCGCCGCGAAGACCGCGUGGAACAUCGCGAGGAUCCGCACGGACGCCGUCGGACGCGUCGCGGAGGAAUCGCUCGCGGCCGCCGCGCGACGACGCGCGAACGCGACGCGAGAGGCGAUGUCGACGCGCCGCGCGUCGUCGUCGUCGCCGUCGUCGUCGUAUUCCAACCGUCGCUCCCCCGGGAAGAGCCGCACGCCGUCGCCGGCGAUGAACGGCGCGGAGCACCCGAACGCGUCCGAGCACGGGUUCUACGCGGACUACACGCGGCGGUUCCUGCAUCGCGGCGGCGGCGCCUUUCUGCAUUCGCCCGCGUCGUCGGGAAGGACGUCGCCGCCGACGUUCGACGUCGGCGCCGGCGCCGUCCCGGACUUCUCGAACGAGCCCGGACCGCGCGUGGACCCGCUCGCGUUCUCGUACUGGAGCCCGAGUAAAAGCGCCGGAGGGAGCGCGUCGAGGGGGCCCGGGAGUCGCCAGCGCGCGGCGGCGGCGGCGCCGCCGCCGCCCCGAGUCGUCGUCCCCGAGUCCCUCGACGACGACGACGACGACGACGACUUCGACGACGACUCCCUCGACGCGCGACGCCGACGUCGUCGCGAGGCAGCGUGGUCGCCGCCGACGGCGUCGUGGGGGAACGCGAUCGGCGCGCUCGGCGGACCGUCGCCGUCGUCGAUCGGGGGGGCGUCGUUGGCGUCGGGUUUGGCGGCGCGCGACGACGACGACGACGACGACGCGCACUCAGACGCGCACGUCAUCGCCGCCGUGGAGAAGGUGCGUUCUAUGUCACACUGGUCCCCAUACGACCGCGUCGGCGUUGCGAACGCCGAUCCUUAA